AUGCCCGCCCCCUCCACCACCCUCCUCAUCGAGGGCUCCUUCUCCGAACUCGCCGACGAGUUCGCCCAGUACAUCGAUGCCCUGCGCAAGACCGAGCCCUCCCUCCAGGCCGAACUCUCCCCGCUCCUCGAGCCCCUCCGUCAACAGGAACAGUCCGACGCAGAGCCCGAUCGCAAGCAACGGGAUGAGGUCCUGAAGAAGUUGGUGUCGGCCGCGACUGUCCUCAAUACGGCGCCGGAGAAGGAAAUCAUCUCCGCCUACAACCUCCUGGUGCACCUCGUCCACCACGCCUCCGACCCGGACAUGUUCCUGUCCCGCAUCUGCUCCUACCUCGCCAAACCCAUCACCUCCUCGCCGCAAUUCGGCCCGUCUCUGGCCAUCUCCAUCCUGUCCACCAUCUUCAACACCCUCCCCGCUACCGACUCCAGCCGCUACCAUGUGCUCCUGGCCAUCGUCGCCGUCAUCCGUCAGUCGGCCCAGGGCGUCGCCUUCGAGGCCCUCAAGCCCCAAUUGACCGCCCAGCUGCCCACCUGGCUCGCCGCCUGGGAGCUCGAUGAGGACGAGGCCCAGCGCCUGCAUCUGGCCAUCGCCGACGCCGCCCAGGCCGCCGGCGACCAGGAGCUCGCCCAGACGCACGUCGUGCAGGCCCUGCAGACCAUCCCCGCCGCCGAUGCGUCCAAGAAGGAGGCCCGCGAUCUGGCCGUGCGCGCCCUCACCUCCGCUCUCUCCCACCCGGCCGUCUUCGACUUCACGCCGCUGACCGCCUCCGACGCCGUCCAGGCCCUGCGCACCAGCGACAGCACCCUCUUCGAGCUUCUGGAGAUCUUCACCGCCGACACGCUCGACGCCUACGAGGCCUUUGUGGCCGCCACGCCGCUCGCCUCCAUCUCCGGCGGCGUGCUGGCCCCCGCCGCCGACGCGCUCCAGAACAAGAUGCGGCUGCUGACGCUGGCCUCGCUGGCCGCGUCCACGCCCUCCCGCUCGCUGCCCUACGCCACCAUCGCCAGCGCCCUGCGCGUGCCCGCCGAGGACGUCGAGAAGUGGGUCAUCGACACCAUCCGCGCCGGCCUCGUCGAGGGCAAGCUCUCGCAGCUGCGCUCCGAGUUCCUCGUCCACCGCGCCACCUACCGCGUCUUUGGCGAGAAGCAGUGGGCCGAGGUCCAGGGCCGUCUGAUGGUCUGGCGCCGCAGCCUCGAGAACGUCCUGGGCGUCGUCCGCAGCGAGCGCGAGCGCUUCAUCCGCGAAAACCUGCAGGCCGCCCAGGCCGCCGAGGAGGCCGCCCAGGGCAAGUCGGGAGACAAGAAGGGUGACCGUCGACAGCGUCGGGACCAGCCUCAACAGUCGCAGCCGGCCCCUGAGGCUGCGACCGCUGUUGCCGCAGAGUGA